UUACCGAGGAUCCUCAAAGAAGCAACUGUUCAGAAAGUGGUAUGAACGAAUCAUGCAAAGUGAAGCUAGGCUAUCCCACGGACAGCGUACGGCAAUCAUCGGGAUCGAUAUCCACCCUAGAUGCCACCCUGUUUAUAGUGGUCGGGUUCGGUGGACUUUCCAUCAUCGUAGCAUUGAUCCACAAUGCCAUCCACCGUUAUGUCUUCAAGGACCAGCACCGACUGGACACUGUUUUUGACGCGGGAGGACGGGUCACUACGAGCCUCACCGCUGUCACGGUCGCCUCCCAGGUUCUCUGGCCUGUGGACCUCGUGCAGACAUCCGUCAUCGCAACUAUUUCUGGGGCUGGUACUAUCUACUACUACGUGAUUGGCCUAGCAAUGAUAAUAGCAGUGUUUCCAUGUCUGACGCUAAGUUUCAAGACUAAAGCUCCUGGUGCUAAGACAUACCCUCAGGCAAUUUUAGCACGCUUUGGGAAAUCUGCACACAUUGUUUACUGCUGUAUAGCUAUGGCCACCAACAUCAUCACUUUGACAGCCAUGAUAAUGACCGGAUAUUACGUACUAGAGGGUGUAGUUCCAGGAAUUUCAAAAGAGUUGUCGGUCAUAAUUCUGAUUUCCUUGUUUGGCUCGUAUUGUUACAUAGGCGGACUGGGGGCAGCUUUCUACAUCUCCUACUUCAACACUUGUCUGAUGUUCAUCGCGCUUACCGUAUAUUUGUGGCAUUUCCUUUUCCCAGCAGAAGAUCUUUCGGACUCCGUUAGAAAUUUAACAAACAUCAAUAUAUUAUAUGAAACUGUAAAAUGUGUGCAGGGACCCUCAACAAACGCUGCUAGCUCCCUUCUGACAUUUCGGACAGUCUCUGGCAUGGUUUAUGGUAUCGUAGCAUUCUUCAUGGUCCUUGCUUUGAACUGCUGUGAUCAGGCAAUGUGGCAGAGUAGAAUAGCGGCUAAACCUGAACAGGGUGUCAUCGGGUUCUUCAUAGCCUCGUUUUUAUAUUUCUCCAUCCCAAAUGCUUUGGCCCUACCAACCUUUCUUUCAUACCUAUCAAUGAGUUACCAAAAUGGUUCAUAUCUUUUAUCGGAAUUAGAUAUGAAUAACGGAUUCAUCACAACUAUUGUGAUGGAAAAAGUCCUUGGAGCAUCCGGGUCCUAUCUCCUUCUGAUGAUCGUUUUCAUGGCGCUGAUGGCUACCGGAUCAGGAGAAGUCAUGGCCAUAUCUUCCAUCCUUGUCUACGAUAUUUACAAAACCUACAUUGGUCCUUUCAGAGAAAAUCUGGAACCCUCAACCUGUCCGUUAUGUGGAAACAAGAAAAAUUCAGAAGGAGAAGAGAAGGUUAUUGCAUGCAAAUGCAUUCACUCAUCGGUGUGCAAUGAAUGCAACGACGACAUAGAGUUGUCCUUAACAGGGCUAUUAAGCCAUCAGAUUCAGUACACGUGUCCUACUCAUGGCAAAUAUCGACAUUACGAGGACAUGUUGAAACAGUACAAAAGUCGGAGCAUUAUGUGGAUCGCCCUAGCUCUACUUCCAUACGGUAUCAUUCUAUGUUACCUAAAUCUCAACUUGACAUGGGUUUUCUUUGUUUUCGAAACGUUGUUAACUCCUUUCAUUACUCCUCUCGUUUUGGCGUUCACGUGGGCAAAAUGUACAUCCAAAGGGUUGAUAUCGGGUGCCAUCUUCGGACUGUUGGCUUCUAUUGUUGGUCUGCUAGUUGUGGCGGAAUUGGCCUAUGACGAAGGACUAGGAGACUUUUUCACGACAACUUCCUCUGACUACAGUCUCCUGGCGGCUUGUAUUGCAGGAAUUAUGGUUAGCACCAUCGUUACUGUUACAGUGUCCCUAGCAACACAUAACAUACAAAGUAAUGUUGAUGAGCAAAGAGAAUGGACAAAGAUGAUCCUGAUCGACAAUCCCAUCAACUCUUGGAAGAACCUGUUCACAGAAGAGCUCGGGGAACUUCCAGAGGAAAGAAAUGUCACUGUAGGCGACAUGGAGUUGAUUUUCCAGAGAGCUCGCAAAAUGUCAUAUAUAUGCGCUGUCGUCUGUGUCUUGAUUCAAGUUGUCUUGGUUCCAGGAGUAAUGCUUUCAUUCGAAGAGUGGACAGCGGACCAGUUGUAUUAUUGGAUGUUGUUCCUGUUUAUCGUUCUUGUCAUCGGUACGUUGUACGCUGUCUUUGCGCCUCCAAUUGAAGAGAUCAUCAAAAUUAUCCGUUACAGACAAAAUGAAAAGAAACAGGGUUCACUUGAUAUUCCUAAAAAGAUGAACAACAAUGGUGGAGUCCAAGAUGUACGUUUACACUUGUUACGUGAUACUUCUUGAAGCUGUAUAUAACAGUUUAUAAAAUGUGAUGAUUAAAUACUUUCUUUACAUGUGAUUCUUACUAAUGUUAUUUAAUGUGCUACAAUUUAAGAUUAAUCGGAUCUCAACAAGGGUCACAAUAAAAAAGAGA